UGUGGGCACCCCACAGGAAUUCAAAAUAGAAAUGAAAACUUCCUUCCUUCGAUCGGCUGCUCGUUAUUGUAGUGAUUCCAUUUUAUGAUGACGAUCCUUGUCCAUUUCCAAACAGGUAGCGUUAAACCAACCAACGUAACUGUAAAUAAAACCAAACACACAUUAUAUUAUUUUAUACAAUCGUGAUAUAAUAGAGAGCUUGUCAGUCGAGUACCGUGUUUAGGCAACGAAGCUUGCUGAGUACACAAUAUUUUUUCUACGAGUCAACAAAAAUAAUACUAUAAUCUAGUAGAAUCAUAUAGGUGAAUAAACCAAAAGUAUACAGCUAAGAAACGCGAGCAGCCGCGGCUCCCCGGCCCGACGGGUUGGUCAACGACACCUUCUCAUAACUCAUGAGGCCCUGGUCCUUGCUCCUUGCUAAAUUCAAAUUUUAAACAGUUUUUUUUCUCGAUUUUAGCCAUCGUAGAAUAUGAAGACUAACAAGUAACGAUAAGCCAUUUUCGUAGUCUAUGUAUGUUCCUAAUAUUAUGAGUGUCACAGGCGCGUUUCUGACUUAUGAAGCAAUUGUUCCUACAACACAACCUAAAAUAAAUGAUUAAUUUGAGCUAUGGUUUUGUUUGGUCCUCUUGACUGCGGCGAGCUGUGAUUGGUCAAUUUCAUUAUAGUUGACUAAACUGUAUCGAAAUGAAUAUUAUAGUUGAGUUGGGAGCCCAUUACAUUAAAAGCACUCAAAUGCAGUUUGGUAAAUUGGUAUACGAAAUCUUAAUUCAAGAAUUACAGUCGACGAGUAGAAAAACUAAUUAUUACGUAAGUAAAAUAGAGUUUUAUUUUUAUUAAGCUGGUUUCUUUCACAGGUAAAGGGCAAGACAUUGGUAAAAAGCACGCUAGAAGUUUGCGAGUACGUCGGUGAGGCGCCCAAACCGAAAACCAAGAAGAAGAAGACGGUCCCUCAACCGCCAAAGCUAGUCUCGCUGCCCGCACUCGAAGGGUUGUUCUCCGACUGCGACAGGCACCUCGCCCCGAACACGGCGGAGUUCGUCAAGCUCGUAGCUCGGUUGCAGGCAGCCCAGGAUAACGACCUUUGUGUCAGGUUGCUUCACUCGAACCCCCAAGCGUAUCGUCUCCUGCAAACCUCGCUGGGACUCCCAUCCGUGCGCGCGCUACAUCGCCACUGCGCGCCGCAACUACCUGAUUUCAAUGCUGCUGUCGGUCUCCUAAAAACUAGGGCUGAUCAAAUGACGGAAUUAGACAAACACUGCACUCUUGGCGUACAAUUUGUUGACGCAAGGGAGCUUUUAUACUACAACAUAACUUUCGAUAGGAUUGUCGGAUUGCAUGAAGUCGACGGCACGCAGAAACCAUUGGUGGCCACUCGUGGGGUAGUUGUAACGGCGAGAGGAUUGUUGAAGAACUGGACGCAGCCUGUAGCUCUUUGCUAUUUAGCGAAAGACGACGAGACCUUUUAUCGCUGGAUCGACAAGAUCAUCAACCGUCUUCACACCAUUGGGCUGAAGGUACACGCGUUGGUCUGCGACCCUACAGCACCUGCUUUCCGGGAGGUCUCGCCUGAACAGCCUUUCUUCUUCGUUGACGAUACCAAGAUCUACCUCAUCUACGACCCACCGCGCUUGAUGAAGAAGCUGCUUUGUGAAUUUAUGGCCUACGAUUUUCAUUUCGACAAGACGAUAGCAAAGUGGAGCGAUGUACAGAAGUACAGGAAGAUGGAAAGGAAUAAGGCUUUGACUUUAACACCUGGUUUGACGGACACAAGCAUGACGUCUAUCACAAUGCAUCGUAUGAAGCCUCAGCGAGCCGCGCGCCUCCUGUCCCGUGCACUGGCCACUGCUCUAACCGACCGCGCCGAACAGGGCCGUCUCGGCGACAGCGCACGAGCCACCGCUAACUUCAUUAUCAAAAUCAACAAUCUCUACGAUCUUCUGAACUCUACCACAAUGAAAACUAGCUCGGAGUUCCAAAAGGGACUGUCGCAAGACUCGAAUCAAGUCGGUUUCCUCACAUACAUGAAGUCGUUUUUCAAAACGUUAAAGUUGGAACAAAGCUUCAGUUUUGACAAAUUCGCAACUAAGAAGCUCUCCGACAGCUGGCGGAUAACGAUCGAGGCCGUGCUGGCGCUGCAAAAGGACGUACAACCGCUGCGACCGUACUUACUGACACGCAACUUACAUUUGGAUGACAGCGUAGCAGAGAGAGCGCGGCUCGCUGUGCGAUCAGGCUUUCCGAGCUGCCAGCAGAUAUUUAGCGCUUUCAAGAUGCAGUUCUUUCAUGAAAUGCUGCAGUUCAGUGAGACGAGAAGCGUAGAUUUAAACGGUCUACUGGCACAAGUCGUAAGCGGCGCUGCCAAUGGUUCUCAAAGUGAUCCUAUGGAAAUACACGAUGAUAUACCUGUAAGCCCAGCUGACUACCGAAAUCUGCGGCUGCCAAAGACGUACAGUCUAAUGUCAGUAGCUAACCACUUACUUCGCGCGGCUACGCGGGUUCACGGCGACUGUGCUCGUUCUGUUGAAUAUUUGAAUGCCCCACCAGAGCCAGACUUCCUUCAACUUGUUGAAAAUUUGGAUGAGACCUUGACGAGUGCUUUGAGGGAAGGUGUCGGAGCCAGUAGGCUCCUGCGGGAGCUCCUGCUGGACGUGCACGUGCUGGACUGCGCGUUGCCGUGCGCGUGCUUCCCGCUCGACUACCUCAAGAGACUGUUCUUCCGUUUACGGCUGUACAGCAUCCUGAGACAUAACCAGAAACAUUUCAAAACCGGCGACACUCAUCUUCAAAUUGACAAUUUAAAAUAACUUAAAAAUCAUUAAGUACUAAUGA